UCAGUCUCUGGCCGUGUUCCCAGGGGCCUGUGCGUGGCCCGUUCAGCCCGGUAUGCUGUCUGCAUCUCUGCCAUCCUCCAAGCUGCAGCGCGAGCCUGCAAAGGACUGUUUGGUGCUUUUUGCAGCCUUUUCAGGUCACGUUCAAGAACUUUGUAAUUUUUCUGCUGCAUCCCUCCUCAAAAACUCUGAGGCCCCUUAACCCUGCAGAUAAUUUUAGCUCUCUGCUCUGGCAGAGGCCCUGGCAGAGGAAGGUUUCUGCCAUCUGGUAGCCUGUCAUACCUGAAGGGCCCUUUGCCUGUGUUUGGAACGAGGAGUUAUUUUUGAUGCUGGCUCUGACGUUAGCCAUGGGUACUCCUGGAAUAUUUCCAAGUCUUGUAAUUGCCAUUGUAUCCUUGUUUUUUCCUCUUUUUUUUUAAAAAGUUUCCCUGCUUACGUUCUUCUGUGCUUUUCACCAGGAUAGAAAUAGAGAACCCAUUUUCUUGUUUUGGACUACCCAACACAAGACUCCUGUUUCCUGCCUUCUGGUCCCUGGCCACCCUUGGGGCACUGUCGCCCCCACGCAGCAAGCAGACAGAACUCAUCAGGUGCUGUCCUGAGCACACAGAGUCACCAGUGUCCUUACAGCAGCACAGGAGAGCGCUGCAUCGGUUGUACUAUAAAGAGCACACAGGAGCUGGAACACAAUCUCCUCCUCCUUCCCUGCACUGUUUCACCGACAGCCUCGCUCACAGCUGGAGGAAGACAGCCUCGCCAGCAGCCUGAGCAGAAGCUGGAAGAAGGGAAGUCUUGUGCUCUUUGCUCUGCAGGAAAACCAUCUUUGUAUAAACUGCUCACAGUAACACCCUGUGUUCACAUUGCCUCCAGAAGAGUAUGACAUUUGACCACUUCUUCUUUCAAGUUUGCUUUAAUCAAGAAGUUGCUAAGAACAGAACACUGGCAAGGAUGAGGGGGUUGCAAUGAUCACAUACUGAACUGGAGUCAACAAUAUGCUUCUGGGUAAAACCAACACAAAGGAAACAUAUCGCAUUGGGAAGUCUCAGCAGGCUAGUGCAAAAGGUUCCACAGACUUUAUCAGUGGUGAGUGGAGAGGGCGCCUGGCUUCAUGCCGUGUUAUUAACAUCCUGCAGCGAGUCAUCACUUCAGCCUAAACUUUUUGUGGAUGAAAUAAGUGGUAUAUGAAACUGGAUGAAAUUAAGUUCUACAUCUAUUCAUUAAAGACCCUGAUGAAUGAUACAUGUUGAGAGGUAGAUGAUGAUGAAUUCCACAGACAAUGCAACUGAACAGUGUAUUAUUGACCAUAAUAUCCACCAGACAUUAUCCCCCGUGGUAUACAUAUUUGUAUUUAUAAUAGGCUUGCCAGCUAACUGCCUGUCACUGUACUACGGGUACUUACAGAUCAAGGCUAAAAAUGAAUUGGGUAUCUACCUUUGCAAUUUGACUGUAGCAGACCUCUUUUACAUAUUUUCUUUGCCUUUCUGGAUCCAGUAUGUUUUACAGCAUGACAACUGGACCUAUGAUGAACUGCUGUGCAAAAUCUGUGGCAUCCUCUUGUAUGAGAAUAUCUAUAUCAGUGUGGGCUUCCUCUGCUGCAUCUCCAUUGACCGCUACCUAGCAGUAGUGCACCCUUUUCAGUUUCAUCAGUUUCGGACAAUGAAGGCUGCUAUGAUUGUGAGCGCUGUUAUCUGGAUCAAGGAAAUAAUGACCUGCUGGUUUGUCUUUACACACGGGGAGAUCAGUAUGGACGCCGAGAGCCAUGUGGUAUGCUUUGAGCAUUACCCCAUCAAAGACUGGGAGCACAACAUCAAUUACUAUCGCUUCUCUGCUGGCUUCCUUUUCCCCUUCUUUCUGCUGGCCUUCUCUUACUGUGGAAUUUUAAGAGUUGUCCAUAAGAGUCACGGCACUCAGAAGAAGAAGAAAAUCCAAAUUAAACGUCUGGUUUCAAGUACUGUCUUCAUUUUUUUAGUGUGCUUUGCACCGUACCAUAUCCUACUUGUAAUUCGCAGCGUAUUUGAGAACAACUGCUCAUUUGCUGACAAAAUAUUUAACAUUUACCAUGCUUCUCUCCUGUUGACUACUUUUAACUGUGUUGCUGACCCAGUAUUGUACUGUUUUUCCAGUGAAAGCACUUACCAUAACUUUGCCAAGAUGCGAGACUCUUGUUUAACAUGUUUAGGAUGUCUAAAGACUGAGAUGAAAGAAUCCUAUCAGCUGAGUGCUCCAGAAACUCCGAACAGGCCACAACAUGAGCAACAGCCAGGCUUAUUACAAAAAUCAUGUGAUGCUACUGAAAUAAUGGAAGACUCUUCAAUUAACAUGGGCUAUUUAUAGCAUUCAUCAAAAAGGACACUUGUGUAAAAUCUCCAUGUAUGACUGUAUGUAUCCAUCUGAUUUAUCUGUGUAUUAGUUUUACCUCCCAAAGGCUUAUUAGCAAUGCAAUACAGUGAGGUGCCCUUAGCUACAAUCAUGUAUAUUGUCAUUACGGUACCACUCAAAACCAGUCAACUGGCAUUGACUGAAAUAAGCUAGUACUCAUGGUGUAGUUCUUUAACUGCUGUCUCUUUGCAGCAUCUGGAGAAAAAAAAAUCUCAACGAUCUGUUGAAAAGGUUGGAGACAGAACAAAUUAAAUGUGCUACUAUUACUACUUAAAUGUGCUACCAUAACUACUUUUGAAAGGAAAAAAUUGAUGCAUUUCUCAACGUAUUAUGUACUUCUCUGAAAUAACUCCUUCUCCAGCUAGUUUAAAGGUGUGCAGAGACCUUGCAAGAGCCAACUUGCUAAAACAACUGAUCAAAUAAUGUGAGAUGUUCUGGGACAACAGGCACAAGAAAUUCAGCAUCUGCUGAGACCUUCAGUGUGUGGAUUGACUGUUGAAACUCGUCGUAAGGCUUCUAUUGACUUCCAGAGGUAUGAGAUCUCUUGGCUCUGAUUGGGAUAAAUAAUUCAAUUUGUUGACUUGGAAAAGAAUGGGAGGUUUGUAGUAUGUGUGGUGCAUUUAACCCAUGCAUUUCUCUGAAUCAAUGUCUUCAAACGUGAAUUUAGUUGCAACUAAAUUCUACUGAACCUUGUUAGGAUUUGGACUUGUGUCCUUCCAAAUCUGUGGGUCUUGAGCAGCACAGACCAUGCAGGCAAUUAACAGUGGAUUUGUCAGUGAAACUCCUAAAUGGAUUCUGCUCAAACUCUGUUUUCACUAAUAGAUAUUAUAGCUUAGGCUUUCAUCAUUGUUCAGUAAAUACAGUAUCAGAAACAAAAUACAGGAAUACCUGGAGACAAUGGUAGUUAAAGAUGAGGUCGUUGUGCUCUAUAAUAUUGUUUCUACAACCAAGUCCUCUCUAUUUUUUUGUUGGUGGUGUGUUUUAUAUAUUUAUAUAUAUAUAUUCUUUCUACUAAUGAAUCCUGUUUCUUCUUUGUUAUCUCAUCAUAAUUUCUCGUAUCUGUAACUGUUACACCAUGAAUAUUACCUCAUCCUUUCACUUAUUCUAUAGUUUCAAGCAUUUCUUGAAACACCUCUCUGUAUCUGCAACGCGGAGUUGAUAACAUGCAGCAGUGCUUUUUUUUUUGUUUCUUUUUAAUGUCAAAAAAUUGUCUAGACAGACCUUCUAUACCUGGUAUCUCAAAUAUGUCACUGUACACAGCCUCGCUUGUCUGUGUUUUUUAAAAGGCAGCAUAUUCUAAGAGUUUUCUGGAAACCACCCUUGUGAGUGCAAUAUUAGAAUUAAUUAGGCAAUGUGUUUAAUAAAUAAUGGUUUUUAUUAUUUUCUUUUAUAUUUGUUCAUUUUGUGUUUGAAAUAACUAUCUUAUGGCUUUGGCUCACAAGAGUUUAUUUGUCAUACUACAGAUCCUCUCCUCUGCUUUUGCAGAAAGGAUUCAUGUCCCCACUCUAAGGAGGGGAUUAGGUUUGCUUAGGUUAACAUUUGCUUUGUUUAAUUCUUUUAACAUUUCUUUAUACUUAGACCACUCACCAUGCUGGAUUAAUUACCUUAUUACAUGCAUUUUUCUUCUGGCUAUCAGUGCUGUUUAGCUUUACUUUCUGUUAGUCUUUCCUCCAAUCUCUCCAGUCUGCCUGUAUCAGCUGAGUUGGAAGGCAGGGACUCCGGACUGCCAUAAUCCAUCCGUGUACGUUGUUAAAAACACAGCCAACUACUCAGGCUCCCAUGACCUGACAUGCUGCAAGACACACACGUGGUUUGUUCUAAGAUAAAACAUUUGUUGCCCUGUUUAUGCUUUAAUUCUUUAUAGUCACCCAUGUUGUUUAAAUUAGCUGGGAUGCAGAGCAUGCCACAUUACAUGCAAUUGCCAUCUGACAGAUUACGACUUACUUAUGUUGGUACUUUGUUGUGGUUAACUUCUGGUCAGCUGCUGCAGUUUAAAUCAGAUGGAAACUUGUGUAACGGUCCGGCAUCCUGCUGCAGUUAUCAUCUAACCUGCUAACCAGGCGGGGAGGGAAAGGUUGCCUCUCCCUCCCACCCCAGCACAAAGUCAGUAUUUCAUCAACUCUUUCUACAUUGUAAUGGGUGGGCUUAGGCUGCAGAACUGCGACCACCAUGGGGGGAAUGUAAACCUCAGAGCUUUUCUAUUUCAUCCUGAACAUAAUCAAGGGUUGCUAGAGAUAUGUUACAUAUUGGCAUUGGAUUAAAUACAGGGCUUGGGACUGCACAGAAGAAAGGAUUUUUAAAAUGCGCAUUAGAGAAAAAGACUAAUAAUUUAUUACAUUUUAUACUUCUUAACAAAAUCUGACUGUUAAAACUUGUAUUUUGGUAAGAAAAGUACAAAAGUUUAUCAAAUCAAGUUCCUUUGAUAAAAGUCAGUGUUUGAAAAGAGUAAUAUACAUUACAUCUGUUCAUCUAAUAGGUCACUAAGCAUGUAGCCCACAGAGAAAGAAAUCACCUAACUCUUUAUCUGAACAGGUAUCUUUAAAUUAUAUCAACUUCAUUUUGUGGGUUCUGUGCAGCAGUGAACGUAUGCCAUCCUAUGGGGUUACUGGCUUUGGCCAAAAAAAAAAAUCAAAAAAAACAGCAAAACAAACAAAAAAACACUCAAGUAUUCUUACUGAAUAUUUUACUUAAUGGUUUUAGGUAGAUAAUUUUGGAGACUGCUAACGGAGCCAUUUUCUAAUUGUGAGAUAGUUUAACCACAGUGUCCUUUGAAAAGGUUUUAAGUAAAAUUAAUCCAAAAAAAAAAAGAAAGAAAAAAGGCUGAGCCAUAAAUUAUCCAUUGGAACCUUUGGCAAAUCUGACUGUCUAUCAGCAUUCUGGCAUUAAGAUUUUCUCUCAUACAUGUUCAACUGUUGUAGAUCUUUGCAGGCUGUGUAUCCUCAUGGAAAUCAGAAGAUUAAUGUUCUAAGUGUGCUGGUGUUUGUGGUACAAACUGAUUUUUCUUAUUCUCAAAGCAUUACGCGUUUGUCUUAGAUAAGAAGGAAAAAAACAAACCUCACCUGCCAGAAAGAAUAACAGAUUUAAGACAUUGUUAGCUGUUGAAAUACAGUCCUUUGGAAAAAGCAAUGGGCAAACAGAACUGCCAUUUGGAUGCUGUUGAAGCACAAUAGCUUGAUGCUCUCCUUUUGUACCAUUAUAAUCAUUUUAUGACAGGUAAAGCAUCAGUGUCUGAGAGGUGCAGUGCAAAACAGAGGCUGUCCUUCCUGCUGUGAGAACUGACAACUAGCACAUCUUCAGCCCAGACACUCAUCUUGAGUUGACGUAGUAGCACAGCUUUCAAAGACGUAAGUCAGGCACAGUUCACACCUGUUUGUCGUGUACUGGUUCACUGUUAGUAGGCCUUUGAGAUUUAAUUUUUCUUCACUCGGUCUCAUCAAGAGCUGUAUUUCUAUAACUGGAAUUCAUUUACAGAAUUUUACUGAAUGCAAACGUUCUUUAAUUUCUUAUUGUGCUUUGAUUUCUAGGCAUUAUUUUUUAAUCACUAUGUACCGAACUCAUUUAGGGUAUCCUAUUGUUAAGAAUUAAAAAUCUACAGUAUUUCUGUAUUACGCAGAAAUGGACAAAAUGUUUAACCAUUUAUAAAUGGUAAACUACUGAUAUGAAAGAGGCAAACAGUGCAGCCUACCCUUUACAUGGCAAGUCUUCAAGGCUGCCCUUAUUUUCAUAGCAGCCCUCCCUUUGUCUCCUUGCACUUCCACAAAUGACCCACCGCUGCAAAAAAACAGUGUUAGAGGAAGAAGUGUGCAAGUAUUUAACAACUUUUACUGCUGUAACACUGUUUUUUGUUUUGUUUUGAAUACUCCACUGCAGCUGUCUUCCCCACCACAAAGUAUUUUUAAAUCCAAGUUGCUACAAGAGUUACUUCCUGUCGCAGUUACGAGGUUAGUAAAACAGGAACAGCAAUGCAAUCAUAUUUCAUUUUAAUGAGAAGUUUUCUUUGUAAAAGCCAGAUCACCUCCUAGUAUAUAAUAUCAUUUAAUAUCCAUUAUGAAAUUACAGAAAAGAAAGGUAGACCAAAUCAUCAUGAUAUCUCCUUCCUGCUUCACCAAAAUAUUAUAAGGGCAAUAAUAACAGGUUGUGCAUGGGCAAGACACCAGAGAUGAAAAGUCCAGUACUUAAGAGACAGAGACUCAUCUCUUACAAGGUAAAAAAGAUCAGAAAAAGCCUAGGAAAUAAGAAAGUAGGAGCAACUCCUGAUUUGGAAGUCUUACGGGGCAGUUACUGCUGCACCUCUUGCAGCAGCUUCUCAAUCAUAAGCGAGUGGGUGUCGUAGAAGGGCAGCCCGUCCACUUCCAUUUCUAGACUGGCAGUUUUUCCACUGCGGACCCCGUGCUGCACAAGUGCUUUCAGAAGCUUUUCUUCCUUAAAAGAUAAAGAAAUAUGACAUAAUUAAUAUCCUGAAUCAGACAAAAACAUUCAUCAAGAUCUUUGUUUUAAACCUAGGGAGACUCUGACCUCAUCCUCAUUCAUUUUGGAUAGCAGUUCGUGAACACUGUUUUUCUUCUCUACACUCCCUCAAACAGCACAUUGGUGUCAAUGUUGAGUGCCUAUAUUGCGCAAAUGUGAAUCAGAGGAACCUCCACCUGAAGUAUCUCAAAAAACUACCUGUUGUUUCCCUAGCAGAGCAACAAGCUGCAGAUGCAUUUUCAAAGAAAAAGUACAGAGGAGGAAGAGGGUAUGUCAGGGAAAAAGGUUAACAAGAGAAACUAACUGGGCUGGAACCUAACAAACCUGAAGUUGCUCUUUCCCGGAAUGCUUUGAAGUAAUGUCUAAUUUCCUUUGUUUAGAACUGCAAACUCAAUUUUGUGUUUAUAACUGUUAUUUCCUUGCUUAACAGUGGUGUAAGCAGAUAUAAAGCAUGUUCCAAAUUGAGCUGUUAUAGUACACAGAGGGAUCAAAAUCCUCGAUUGUGACCUAUGGGCCAGUUAGCAUUGUGAGAUGAAAAGAUGGGAUAAAAUCAGCUCUGAAAAAACACUACUUCUAUCAACAGUGAAAUUGGAAGAGUCUGGUUUCAAAUGGACUUACAUGUAGCUGUUUUGUCCCCUCCCAAAAGUUUUUUCUGAAAAGCCACAGCCUCAGUAGCACCAUUAAAGAAGAGACAGACCCCUCUCUCUUCUCUCCGGUAAUCAUUUUUGUGAAAUUUCCCAGAAUCUCAGAAUUUAGAAACCUCUUCCCUUUUGUGAAAUUUUGAACCUCCUGCUGAAUUUCAAUGAAGCUUACACAUUCCAUUUACCGUGGUAGCUAUAAUAAAAAGUCCUUCAGUGCAUAAAUUGUCUGUUCUUUCAGGAAUCGUUGAGAAUUCUGGAGACAUUCAAAAUGUCAUUAUUCUAUAUACUCUGCUCUUCAUUUGACAUGAAAUGUACACAUUAAAACUCUUCAUAUAAGGUUUUAGCAUUUUCUGUAAAGAUAAUUUAAUCCUCGAAUUUUGUUAAUAAAAAUCUAAGAAGAAUAAAAA